AUGUUUGCCUGCCGGGCAAUGAAUAAUGUAUGUAGUUUGCUGGGUCCCUCUCGUCGUCGAAGCAGCGUGGGUCUCGCGAGGUCCUCCCAUAAACUCUUCAGGGGUCGAAGCAAAUCCUUGCCCAAAGACCAUAGUUCCGAAAAGAAGUCAAGUCACACCUUCAAGCUUCUAUCAAGGAGUAAAAGUAAACCAAAAUUAUUAGAUCAAUCCACAUCCACUACCAGCUUUAACAAGAAGAGAGAGGAGAAGAAAUGUCUCGAUUCGUUGGAGGAGAGAGUGAAAAGGGUGGCCGUGGCUAGUCCGGAGUUGAGGCCCGAGGCUGUGAAUGUAGCACCCGAUUUAUGUCAGAAUUCGCCCUGCGUGUGCGCCUCGACGGAAGCGGUGGACGAAAUGUCGCGGUGGGAUAGUCUAGUCAUCGUAUUAGUGUUCGCUCUGAUCGUAGGGUACCAGUACACCUUGGACAGUGAAUACAUCAAGCGAAACCUUGGUGAGCUAUCUCCGAUACAGGAGUCUCGUCUGCUACAGCUUAGGAAAUGGAUAGCGGACCUCCAGAAAGGAAAGGUUCCGAGCGAUACGACUCUCCUCCGUUUCCUUCGAGCGAGAGACUUCAACGUUGAAAAGGCAAGAGAGAUGCUCUCACAAUCUCUCCUUUGGCGCAAGAAGCACCAGGUCGAUAAGAUUCUCUCUGAGUACGAGACACCGGAUGUCGUUACACAGUACUUCCCUGGUGGCUGGCACCACCAUGAUAAAGAUGGUCGUCCGCUGUACGUCUUGCGUCUUGGGCAAAUGGAUGUAAAGGGACUUCUCAAGUCUAUUGGAGAGGAUGGACUUCUUAAGUUGACUCUUCACGUUUGUGAGGAAGGUCUGAAACUUCUAGAAGAAGCAACUCGGUCUUCGGAGCAUGCUAUUCUCUCUUGGUGUUUGCUGGUAGACCUGGACGGACUGAACAUGCGACACCUUUGGAGACCUGGCGUUAGAGCUCUACUCAGGAUCAUUCAGAUAGUUGAGGCGAACUAUCCCGAGACGAUGGGUAGAGUGCUGAUUGUCAGGGCUCCAAGAGUGUUUCCGAUUUUGUGGACUAUUGUGAGCACGUUUAUUGAUGAAAACACUCGCAGUAAGUUCUUAUUCUAUGGCGGUAAGGACUAUCUGCAAGCUGGUGGUCUCCUCGACUACAUACCGAAGGAUAUUAUUCCGGAUUUCUUAGGGGGGCCUUGCAAGAGUUUUGUACACGAAGGCGGUUUAGUUCCGAAGAGUCUCUACGUAAGCGGUGCUUUUACUGAACGAGAAGGUGACCCGCUAUCUGAAGACAGCAUAUACAGAUCUGUUAGUCUGGCUAAGGGACAGGUGCACGAAGUGAUAGUAGUGAACCGAGACCCCCAGAGCGUGCUAACGUGGGACUUCGACGUGUUAAGACACGACAUCUCUUUCACUGUGUUCCGUACAGACCGGGAGAUCGACCAGAGUGAUCAGACGGACCAUGCAGCCGCUGUAUGCGUCGGUGGCGCGGCCGCAGAGGAAGGUCGGUCUGUGUUGGAGGAGCGCGGGUGGCGGGAGGGGGAGCACUACCAGCGAGUCGAACCCGCACUCAUCUGUCACGAUGGAGAGAGCAUACAGGGCUCACACGUGAUGUCUGAAUGUGGAAGCUACGUCCUGCAAUGGCGUUGCGAGCUCCUCGACACCUCCCACCGCGCAGCUCAGCUCAUGUACUUCCACGAGACCCUAGCCAGCCAGCACUAUAAAGGGUCUAUGUCGAGCCUGCAGUCGGCGACCAGUGGCUUUUCCUGCCUGAGUAACAAAUCGGGUAGCUCCUGCCCGUCCCGGUGA